UGCUUUAAAGGUUUUCACAAUUUAAUUUAAACGAGAAAAUACUUAUUUUUUAAUUCGUUAAUAGUAUUUAAUUAUAAAUUACUAGAGAAAUGAGGAAGGCAAUGAAUUAAUAUGUUCUGAUUACUGUGUAUAUGUAUUAAAUAUAUACAUGUAUACUAUACUGUUUGGGCUCUAUUACAUCGAUAUGAACAUAUAUAACUUUACUCUUAUGCGACUGUGUGGUCUUGGUGUGUAUAUUCUCACGUUUGAACAACUAUAUUACAUAAAGUCAGAUUUUACUAUGUUUGCAUUUAAUCCCGCAUGUGUUUAUUAAUCAAAUCCUGUCACACUUGAAUCCCAUGCAUAGUUUAGGAAGACGGUGAUUUAGGAUAAAACCUAAGCGGUUGCGCAUGCGCGCGUUAACAUUUACAACCGGCGUAAAGUGCCGAGGGGAGAACUGUUCACCCCACGUGCUCCUCCCUUUCUGAAUGCACGUGCAUGCGUUUCUUCGUCGUGCGCGUGCCCUGUCCGAGAGCGCGCAUCGUUUUAACAAAAGUUGCGGUAAAACUCAUGAGCAGGAUGAGCGCGUUUCUUUGGUUGGGAUGGUCUUCGCGUGUGAAUGUGGCGAGUGGGAAGGGGGGGUGGCUCGGAGUGCGACUGCAGUGGAAAACGACAAGUGAGGGAAACGAGGAAGAGGAGGAGGAGGAAGAGGAGGAGGGCACGCUGUGUUUCAGAUAGAGCUGUUUGCAGAAAGAUAUAGCCAGAGCUAUAAGAUCUACCGAGCGGCAACAAACUGGACAUAAACGCGCGAAUAAACUGGCCUGUCCGGGAGCGCGAGGCGUUCCUCUUGGACUUUUCUCGAUCAAUCACACAGACAGUGGCUUCUUUUGAUUAAACCCCAAAUUGUCAUUGGACAGAGGUAAUCAUGUGACAAGCAAUACGGUCCAAUUUCAACCUUGUAUUCAUGAAAGCAAUAGUUUAAUGGUAUCGCCGUCCCCAUACGGCUGUAAUCAGCAUUAUAGUUUUUUUCCCCUUUUUUCUCUUUUAUUUAUUGUUUUUCUUAAUACACACGCGCACACACACACGCAAGCAAACAGUGUAUUUCAUUAUUUCUUCUCGAGCCAUAAAUCCGUGAUCGGUGACUUGUGAAGACUCCUCGGAGAUGAAUUACGAAUUCGAGCGAGAGACGGGUUUUAUCAACAGUCAGCCGUCGCUCGCUGAGUGCCUGACGUCCUUUCCCCCUGUCGCUGAUGCAUUUCAAAGUUCAUCAAUCAAGAGCUCGACGCUUUCACGCUCGACACUGAUUCCUCCUCCUUUUGAGCAGACCAUCCCGAGCCUGAACCCGGGUAGCCAUCCUCGCCACAGCCGCCCCAAGCAGAACCCUAAUGGCUCCUGUCCGCUGCCCGCCGCUUCCUUACCCCCGGAAUAUCCUUGGAUGAAGGAGAAGAAAGCUUCAAAGAAGAACCAGAAUUCGGCUUCGGUCACCACCGAGACUUCUCCAGUUUACUUCUCACCUCAAGGAUCUCCAGAGCUCGUGGAUGGAGCCGGCGGCGGGGGAGCCACGACCCGCAGGCUACGGACGGCCUACACCAACACGCAGCUGCUGGAGCUGGAGAAGGAGUUCCACUUCAACAAGUAUCUGUGCAGGCCAAGAAGGGUGGAGAUCGCUGCGCUGCUCGACCUCACCGAGAGACAGGUGAAGGUGUGGUUUCAGAACCGUAGGAUGAAGCACAAGCGACAGACGCAGUGCAAGGAGAACCACCACGCCGAGGGCCGGCCAGUAAGCUUGGAGGCCUCGGGCGAGGGGAAAGCCCUUUUGCCACAAGCUUCCUCUGGAGCUCUCUCGGAAAGGGAAGGCUAUGUGUUUCAGCACAACGCAUCUCCUCUCCAGCAUUCACAGAAUGGACACAAUGGAGAUGCCCAAAGUUCUACUGUUUCGCCUUUAAACAGCAAUGAGAAAAAUCUGAAACAUUUUCCCAACCCGUCACCCACUGUUCCUAUCUGUCUAGCAACAAUGGCCGAGGAGAGUGCAUCUGCUCGGGACAAUAGCUCUCCCCCAGCCCUGGAUUUUCACUUUUUCUCAUCGGAUUCCUGCCUUCACCUCUCAGAUGCCAUUUCUCCGAGUUUGUCAAACAGUCCUAUGGGUUUAUCCGAGGAAACUUUUGAUUUUUUCUCUGAGACGCUCACAACUAUCGACAUGCAACACUUGAGUUACUAACUUUAAAACUUUCCGCCUUGAUGGAUUCGCUAUCUUUCUCACAUUGAUGGUCAGUGUGUUUUAAUUGACUUCAAAAAGGGAUUUAAAAUUAGGCAUAGGCCGUUAGCAUACGAUAUGUUCAGUUUAAUUGUUUAAAUUUGAAUGAUCGUUUGUGUUUAUAACGUAAAAAUCUAAAAGAUAUUUUUCUCGAUUUUAUUUUUGUAUUAUUUCCCCCGUAUUUUCCUAGAAUAAAUUUUCACGUUAUGGAAGAAAAAGCA